AUGAGGUUCUCCAAAUUUUUCCUCACGACUCUUGCGUCGUUUAGUCUUGCUGCUCCUGAAGCUGCGCCGAGAACUGUCUCUUCGCCUGAAUUAUCGGGAGAAUUGGUGCAGCUUUUGGAGAAGCAUAACCUCGCUCUUGUUCCUCGUUCUGAACUCACGGAUGCUCUCAAAGAGCUGAACACUCUUCUCAAGAGCAACGCGUUUCCCCGCGCGCCUGUUCUUAUCAGACGACAGAACAGCACUUCUGGCUCUGGGUCAAAGUCCGGCUCUGGAUCCAAUUCAGAUUCAGAUUCAGACGAUUCUGAUGAUGGAGGGUCUAAAAUCGCAGCUAUCCCUGGACUAGACGGUCUUGGAGAUCUGGGAUCUGGUCUCAAAGGAUUGACAGAUGCCCUUGGCGAUGUCAAAGAUCUUUUCAAAGCUCUGGGUGACUUGCUGUCGCCCGAGUUCCUCCAGGCUUUCCACGAUGCUAUGGUCUAUCUUGCAGCAACUCUCAAGCCCCCAGCACCAAAUCAGGUCAGAAAUCUCCUUGCCAAGGCAGGACCACUUCUGGAUCUAGUCGGCGAACUUAACCUCAAAGACCUCGUCGAUGAGAUCAAAGGUGUCGACAUUGCCGGCAUCGUGUCAAAGGUUCUCAAACUUCUCACAGACGACAACCUCAAGAAUAUUAACGGUCUUCUCACCAACGGCGCCACACUCUUGACUCCUGAAUUCGUCAAACAGACAAAAGGACUCAUUGGCGAUGUUUCACCUCUUCUUGACGAGAUAUCUCCCCUGCUCAAGAAACUCACCGACCUUGACAUCGAAGGCAUCCUCCAAGCUUUGGACCCUCUCCUCAAGAAAGAGGCUAUCCAGGGUAUUGUCUCUCUUGUCAAGAACGCCAGCAAUCUCUUGACAGCCAAGACAGUCGAUGAGAUUCAGGAUCUUCUUGGUGAAGUCAGCCCCAUCAUCAAGGACAUCGCACCACUCCUUGAACAGCUUACGAAGCUCAACCUUGAAGAAGUCCUCAAAGCGCUGCAGCCGCUUCUCAAGGAUGAUUCUAUCAAGGGUAUCUUGAGUUUGCUCAAGAACGCUGAGAGCCUCUUGACGCCCAAGUUUGUGGACCAGACCCAAGAUCUCAUUGGAGCUGCAUCGCCUUUGAUCGAUAAGCUCAGUGAUAUUGAUCUCAAGGGUGUCCUUGAUGCGCUCAGCCCGAUCUUGAAGAAGGAGGCUAUUCAAGGGCUUGUUGGGCUGCUCAACAAUGCAGAGGAUCUCUUGUCCAAAGAGACCGUAAAAAGCAUCAAGACACUCCUCACUGAAGCUUCUCCACUGAUCGAGAAACUGUCAGAUGUUGACCUCAAGGGUGUGUUGGAUGCCUUGAGCCCAAUUCUGAAGAAGGAAGCCAUCCAAGGCCUUGUUGGCCUUUUGAACAACGCCGAGGAUUUAUUGUCCAAGGAGACUGUCAAGAGUAUCAAGACCCUUCUAUCUCAAGCGUCGCCACUCAUUGAUAAGCUUGCGGACAUCGAUCUGAAGGGAGUUUUGGAUGCCCUCAGCCCGAUCCUUAAGAAGGAAGCUAUUCAGGGUCUCGUGGGGCUCUUAGGCAAUGCUGAGGAUCUCUUAUCAAAGGAAACGGUCAAGAGCAUCAAGACUCUUCUGUCAAGCGCGUCACCAUUGAUUGACAAGCUAUCGGAUCUUGACUUGAAGGGUAUUCUAGACGCUUUGAGCCCCAUUCUGAAGAAGGAUGCGAUCCAGGGUCUAGUCGGUUUGCUCAACAAUGCCGAAGAUCUUCUUUCCAAGGAAACCGUCAAGAACAUCAAAUCACUUCUUUCAAGCGCUGGUCCUCUUAUCACUAGCCUUGGAAAGAUUGACCUUGCCGGGGUUCUUGAUUCACUCGCACCCCUCUUGACCAAAGAGUCCAUGAAGGGCAUUAUCGGUCUUUUGGGCAAUGCUGAGGAUCUUUUGACGAAGGACUUUGUCUCAGACACAAAGAAACUCAUCUCCAACGCUAGUCCACUGCUUACCAGCUUGGGCAAGCUUGAUCUCAAGAGUCUAAUUGAUGUGAUCGCACCACUCCUUACCAAGGACUCAGUCAAGGGAAUUGUCAGUCUUCUCGGCAAUGCCGAGAAUUUACUCACCAAGGAUUUCGUGUCACAGACCAAGUCUCUGAUCUCGAAGGCUUCACCCCUACUUGACAGUCUUGACGAUGCAGACCUGAAGGGCUUGCUCGAUCAAGUUGGACCUCUUCUCAAGGAAGUUGGCAAACUCAAGCUCGAGGACAUUCUCAGCGCAGUUCGACCCUUGUUGACCAAGAACUCCAUCAACGGCAUCAUUGGUCUUUUGAACAACGCCGAGAACCUCCUCACAAAGGACUUUGUUUCACAGACAAAGCUUUUGAUCGCCAAGGCUGCACCUCUACUGAACAGCUUGGAUAAGGCUGAUCUUGCGGGCUUGCUCGACCAAGUCGGUCCUCUGCUGAAGCAGGUUGGAAAGUUGAAGCUGGAUGAGAUUCUGAGUGCUGUGCAGCCCUUGCUCACUAAGGACUCUAUCAAGGGCAUUGUCGGAUUACUUGAUAAUGCUGAGGAUCUUCUUACCAAGGACUUUGUGUCUCAAACAAAGGGCCUCAUCUCCAAGGCUUCGCCACUUCUCACCAGCCUUUCCAAAUUGAACUUGGAGGAUCUACUUGACCAGGUUGGCCCGCUUUUGAAGAUGCUUGGUAAGCUUGAUCUUGAGGGUUUACUGAGCGCCGUGGCACCACUCCUCACGAAGGAUUCCGUCAAGGGUAUUGUGGGAUUGCUGGACAAUGCUGAGGACUUACUGACAAAGAAAUUCGUCAACGAGACUCAGACACUCAUCACUGGAGCUGUACCCUUAAUUUCUUCACUGAGUGAGCUUGAUCUUCCCGAUCUAAUUGAUCAAGUGUCACCUUUACUGAAGGAGAUUGGAAAGAUUGAUCUUGCCAAGCUCGUCAAGCAAUUGUCACCACUAUUGGACGAGAUCAGUGACUUGGACAUCAAGGGCUUGUUUGAAGCCAUUUCACCUUUACUCUCACCAAAGGGUAUCAAGGGCAUCAUGGGGCUUCUUGGCAACGCUGAGGAUCUCCUCACGCCCAAGUUUGUCAAUCAGACACAAACACUCAUCGGCGAUGCAGUACCAUUGGUCUCAGCUCUUGGUGAGAUUGAUCUUAAGAAGCUCAUCAAGCAGCUUCAACCUUUGCUUGAAGCACUCGGCGAGAUUGACUUGGGCGAUCUCAUCAAAAAGGUGAAACCUCUUUUGAAUGCGCUCAUGAAGAUUGAUCUCGUCAAGCUGGUCAACAAGAUUAUGCCCCUGCUGGAUUCCCUGGAUGAUAUCGAUCUUGCGGGAUUAAUUGAUGCGCUCAAGCCUUUAUUGACGCCCAAGUCCGUCAAGGGAAUUGUCGGGUUGGUCGAUAACGCAGGAGAUCUUCUCAGUGACAAAUUCGUCAAUCAGACACACACGCUCAUCUCAGGCGCAGUACCACUUAUUGAAGUGUUGAACAAGGUUGAUCUGGAGAGUUUGUUUGAAAUUAUUGAGCCGAUUCUAGAAGAAUUAGAUGGUCUUGAUCUCUCUGGUCUUGUUGACGCGGUGAAGCCUUUGCUCAAUGCGCUGAAGAAGAUUGACAUCAAGGGCAUUCUGGACCAGGUCAUGCCGUUCCUCACACCAAAGACAGUCAAGGGAUUGUUGUCACUGGUAGGAAACGCGGAGAGUUUGUUGAGUAAGGCUUUUGUGAACCAAGUAUCGGAGCUCAUUGGAGAUGCAACACCGCUUGUUGCGACUGUUGCGGACUUGGUACACGCUAUUUUGAAGGAACUCAUGGGUCGGACGUAA